AUGGUACUCACCAACCCUGUUCGACGAGUGGCUGUAAUCGGAGCAGGAUCUUCUGGCCUUGCAGCUAAUAGAUACCUCCUGGCGGAAAGAUAUUUUGAAAAGAUUGAUGUAUAUGAGCAACAAAGCUCAGUCGGGGGUGUCUGGAACUAUACUCCUCGAUCUUUGAAGGUUGGCAUGUCCACCACAGUUCCACAUUUGAAUCCGCAUGAGCCCGUUCAGGAGCCUAUAUGGACCAACCAACCUGAGGGGACGAGCGAGUUAAAUUUUGUCUCGCCGUUAUACGCUGAGCCGGAAACAAAUAUACCAAAAGACUUGAUGCGGUAUUCUGACCAACCUUUCCCGGAAGAGGCUCAGCUUUUCCCCAAGCACCAUACGACCUCAUCAAAUUUGAUACAACAAGUCAAGGAUGUGAAGCUCAAAAACCCUGAGCUCAGUACAUGUGAUCUUACCACAAGGAACCUGCACACUGGAACUGAAACAACAUCUAUGUAUGAUGCUGUGGUUGUUGCCAGUGGCCACUUCGCCGUUCCAUAUAUUCCAGAAAUAUCAGGAAUAGAAGCCUGGGAUAGACCAUAUCCUAAAGCGAUAUCUCACUCGAAAUUCUAUGACUCCGCUGAAGAAUUUCGCAGUAAGAAGGUCAUUGUGGUGGGGAGUUCUGCAUCGGGUCUUGAUAUUGGAGCCCAGAUCAACCAGUCCAGCAAAGGCAAAGUCAUUGUCUCUCAGAAGUCCGAAUCAUAUUUAGCUGCAUUGGUGCCAUCUGAUAAGAUUAUCCAUUCCGAGAUUGUCUCCUUCCUCACUCCUUCAGAAUAUGACCGAGCCGUCCAGUUCGCAGAUGGCCACAUCGAGAAGGAAGUUGAUGCUAUUGUUUUCUGUACAGGCUAUUUUUAUUCAUUCCCAUUCUUGGAGUCCAUCAAGCCAUCUUUCAUAACCCACGGAUGGCGUACAAUGAAUGUCUAUCAGCAACUAAUUUUCAUCGAUCACCCCACUCUUGCGUUUCCUAUGCUUUCACAAAGGGUGAUUCCAUUUCCCAUGGCAGAAAAUCAAGCUUCGGUCUUCUCCAGGGUAUGGUCAGGAAGGAUACACCUCCCAGAACAUAGGGUAAUGAGAGAAGCAGAAGCACGUGAAAUCUCACAAAAAGGAGAGGGCAAGGCUUUUCAUGUUCUUCCUUUCCCCAUGGAUGCAGACUAUUUGAACCAUCUAUACAAUUGGGCAGCCACAGCUGAAGCCCGCCCUGGAUUGAUCAACGAUGGAAAGGGAAAAUUGGGAACAUGCUGGGGAGAUCGUGAACAUUGGAUGCAAGCAUUGUUUCCUGAUAUUAGAUGGGCAUUCGUCCAGAAGGAGGAUCAACGCAGUGAGAUAAAGACACUUACUGCACUGGGGUUUGAUUUUGGGAGCUGGAAAAAGGAGCAGGAGGAGCAAUGGUAA